ACCACCUUUACCUUGAUGCUAGCUAGAGGUGCGAUCCGAUCGCUUCAACUACACAUGACGAGCGCAUACUAUCUCGCGAAGCCCAUAUCAACCCGCGCGACCUCAAAGAUGACUUCUAUAUCACUCGACGAGAUGCCUACCUUGACGCUGCUGUACAAGCUGAAGAAGAUCAAGGUGCCGGAUGCCAAGGCCUCUUAUGAACCUUCGGCCGCGCUCAACGAUAAGAUCAGUGUAAUACGCCAAGAUAUCACUACUCUCGCCGUCGACGCCAUCGUCAAUGCUGCCAAUAAUUCCCUGCUUGGUGGAGGGGGGGUCGAUGGAGCCAUUCAUCGCGCAGCCGGACCCAAGCUGGUAGAGGAAUGCGAAACGCUCGAUGGCUGUGAUACAGGCAGUGCCAAGAUUACCGACGGCUACGAACUACCUAGCAAGAAGGUCAUUCAUUCCGUGGGGCCAAUAUAUUGGAAGGAAGGCGCUUCUAGGUCCGCGGAGCUACUAUCAGGCUGCUACCGCACAAGCUUGGAGUUGGCCGUUGACAACGAAUGCAGGAGCAUUGCCUUUUCUGCUCUAAGUACCGGUGUAUAUGGUUACCCGAGUGGCGAGGCUAGCUUAGUCGCACUGGAGACUGUUCGCAAAUUCCUCCAAGAGGAAGGCAAAGCGGAGAAGCUUGACCGCGUCAUCUUCUGCAACUUUCUCCCCAAAGAUGAAGAUGCUUACUUCAAAAACAUCCCUAACUUCUUCCCGCCUGUUACCUACGAGGCUGAUGCGCAAGCGGACCAAUCUACCGAGCCUUCCGAACUCGCUUCACAGCUUCCAGACGCCCCGAAGACAGAGCCGAAUGACUCCGAGACCAGCCAGCAGCCGCUUUCAAAGAAGCAGAAGACCACUGAGUCGGAUGACUUUGUACUUGUAGAGAAGGAAGACGUCAAAGAAGAUGACCCUAAGUAA